GGGAGAGCGCUUUCGCACGGCACACACACAUAACAACAGCCACGCAUUUACAGCCAAUAACUGCACCCACUUCAACUUACAGUCCACAGUUUCUUGCAAGACUGCAUACGGAAACCCCUUCAACACACAUUCUACUAAGAAGCUCAAAAGCGCAACCGUCGAAUAUAUAUGUCUGCUCCACCCGCCCCUGCGCCUCAGUUUAAGCUCAAGCAGCGCAAGCGAGAAGCUGUAACAAAACAUGAACCAGAGGCCUUCCGUGACGCCCUGCUGAAGAUUAUCCCCGAGAACGCGGACGAAAUCGAGAAAUACGCCUCGCUUCUAGAGUUGAAUGAAUCGAAGCUGGACUACAAGCGCUACGGCGAAUCCUUCUUUGAGUUUCUGAUCGUCGGUGGAUUGAUUGCCCCCGGUGGAGUUAUCGAAGAUGGACCCCGUAAGAACCCUUUCAGCAUCUUUGCGGCCGAAGACUCGAAGGAGGCUGUCAGGGCUAGGGUCGAUAUUAUGAACCGGCUGAUCCGCCGAUACAAGUAUCUCGAAAGGCGCCUCGAAGAAUGCAUGUCCCAUCUAUUGCAGUACGUCAACAAGUUCGGCGACAACACGAACAAGCUGGCCCGUGCUACUGGCCGGUUGAUUAGCAUGCAGUUGCUGUCCAUUUCCGUUCUGGGCAACAUGAUGAAGGAGCAUCUCGUGAAGGAUGGGGCCGCCCUGCAGUUCGUCACCGGCGUCUUCCGCAGCUACCUCGAAGACCACACCAUCGACCAGCUCAGCAUGGCCAUCAAGAAGGGUGGACUGGACACCAAGCUUCUCGAGUUCUUUCCCCCGGGCAAGCGCGAGGCGGAAUACGUCGCCCGCCACUUUGAGACGGAGGGCCUCAAGCCUCUGGUCGAGUACUUCAAUAAGAAACAGCAGAGCGUCGUCAAGGAACAGGUCAAGGAGCGUUUGUUCCAGAUCUUUGUGGAGGGGACCCCUCAAGAGGCUGCCACGUACAUCAAGCAGCAAAUGUCCGCCAACAGCUGGACGGAAGGUGAUGUCGUCCCGAUCAUCUGGGAAGCUUUGAUCUCUUCCACCGAAUGGUCCACUCGCCCCGAACAGCUCGAGGGUCAGAUCAAGAGCAUCCUGAAGACCUGGGGCAAAGUCCUCGCGGUCUUCUGCACCUCCGCCAAAACCGAGCUCUCGCUCAUCCUCCUCGCCCAGCAGCUCGCCUACCAAGACGGCCGCUUCCAGAAGCACUUCCGGUCCAUCAUCAAGGGCCUGUACGACGAGGACGCCGUCUCCGAGAGUGCGAUUGUUUAUUGGUACGAGAAAGGCGCUGGCGCGCAGGGAAAGACGCUGUUUGUGAAGCAAAUGGAGCCUUUCGUGGCUUGGUUGAAGAGUCAGGAGGAUGAGGAGGAGGAGGGGGAGGAGGAUGAUGAGUAGAUGGAGGAGGUGUGUGAGGGGUGGAUAUGAGCGAUUCACUCUUUGCUUUCCUUCGUUGAACACGCGGCGUGAGGGGAUAUGUGGAUUGGAAAGUCGCUGUACACUAUGCGCGUACAAUGUGAGCUUGUCCAUCACAACUCCGAGCAAUCUGAACAUCCGCUCUAGAGGUGUGGUACACGAAUCCCCCCCAUCCCCAACUGGUAUCUUCCACAUUGUAUGUCAUUGGCGCUUUUACCUUUUAUAUAUG